GACUUUCCAACUCACCAGCACUAAGCCUCUUCAUAAGCUAAUGCUUCUCAUUCAUUGAAAAUAAAGAUAAAUAAUAGGAAACACCAAGAUUUCGGAGCAAUCGAGCAAAUUUUCAAGGACUUUUCUUACAAUGGCACCUUCAACCACGAAGCAGUGGACAGUCACCGGCACCGAGAAGGGUUUCGAUGGCCUGGAAUACGGCGACGUCCCCGUGCCGAAAGUGGGUGACAGCGAUGUCCUCGUUAAAAUCAACGGAGCCUCGCUCAACUACCGCGACCUGAUCAUUCCCCAGGGCCUAUACCCCUUCCCAACCAAAUUCCCCGUUGCCGCCUGCUCUGAUGGCGCAGGCGAGGUCGUCGAGGUCGGCCCGCGAGUGACGCGCUUCAAGCCCGGCGACAAGGUCGUGACGCUCUUCAACCAAGGCCACCAGUUUGGCGCCUUCCACGCCGCAGCGGGCACAACAGGCCUAGGCGGUGCCGUCGACGGUACCCUUCGUCAGUACGGCACCUUUGACGAGAGCGGUCUGGUCCACGCGCCCCAGAACCUCAACGCCAUCGAGGCGUCGACGCUCACCUGCGCAGGCCUGACAGCCUGGAACGCGCUGUACGGUCUCAAGCCCCUCCUGCCGGGCCAGUGGGUCCUUGUCCAGGGCACCGGAGGUGUUUCCCUCUUCGGCCUGCAGUUCGCCAAGGCGGCUGGCGCCAAGGUCAUCGCGACGAGCUCCUCGGCGGACAAGUGUGAGCAGCUGAAGAAGCUCGGCGCGGACCAUGUGAUCAACUACCGCGAGGACACGAGCUGGGGCGCGACCGCGAAGAAGCUGACCCCUGGUGAGGCGGGCGUCGACCAUGUCAUCGAGGUCGGCGGUGCCGGCACGCUGGAGCAGAGUGUCGAGGCCAUCAAGUUCGAAGGUGUGAUUAGCAUCAUUGGAUUCCUGGGUGGCGCGAAGCCCAAGGUCACGGCCCUCGACGCGUUGAUGCAUAUUUGCACAUUCCGCGGCGUGUAUGUGGGGCCUCGUUCCAUGCUGGAGGACAUGUGCCGGUCUGUGGAGGCGAACGAUAUUCACCCUGUUCUGGAUCCCAAGAUCUUCAGCUUGGACCAGGCUAAAGAGGCCUACCAGUACAUGUGGGACAAGAAGCACUUUGGCAAGGUUGCCAUCAAAAUUGAGUAGGUAUCGAUAGACUUAAUAUACAAGUAGGCCGCCAGUGUAAGAGAUCCGAAUGCAAGAAAACCAACAACUUUUAUUCGCAUUUC